AACCCGUCAAGUUGGAAAACUCGGACUCUCUCUCUCUCCUUCCUUCUCCUACUAGAUUCCUCUCUCUACUUCACCGCCACUUCCCCGCACCCCAACGCAAUUUCAUUUUCUCGCCGCUUUCCCCCAAUUUCCACCUCCCCGCCGGCGAUUCACCGCCAGUAGUAGCGAUGGAACCAGCCACCGGCUACCCCGUCCCUCCCAAUCAACAGCGCCCCAACGGCUAUCCUCCUCCAACCGGCACCGCCUAUCCCUACCAAGCUCCGCCGCAGCCUUCCAAUCCCUACUACUACAAUAACCCUAGCAACGGGCAGGGCCCUAUCUACACCCAAGGCCGCCCCGCUCUCUACCGCCGAUUAAUCAUGGUCUUCAUCGUCAUCACCGUCAUCUUCUUCACCGCGCUCUUCAUCAGCUGGAUCGUAAUCCGCCCCCGCGUCCCCGAGUUCCGCCUCACUAACUUCACUCUCUCCGGAUUCAAUUCCUCCGGCCACCAGCUCUCCGGGACCUGGGCAGCGCGGUUCGAGGUCUACAAUCCGAACAAGAAGAUGGACAUCGAGUACGACGUGAUUCAGGCCUCCGUGCUGUACCAGAAGGUGUUCCUCACGGAGAAUCGGCUCCAGCCGUUCGUCCAGGUUCACAAGAAUCUGACGGUGAUGGAGACGCAGUUCUCGAUCAUCAACACUUUCGUCGACCAGUCGGUGACCGACGCGGUCGACGAGGAGAGGAGGAAGCACGGCUCCGUGACUUUCAAUUUGAAGGUGGUGGCUGGUGUUGGAUUUAAGUACGGCAAGCUGAGAGCCAGGCGGCGUCUGCUGAAGGUGUACUGCUUCGAUCUCAAUAUGCGUCUCGCCGGGAAUGGUGGCUCUGGGAACUUGACCGGAGCUCCCAAGCGCUGCAUCGUGUACUCUUAACAACGAUUUCUAGGGUAGCGCCGCUAAGAGGAAGGUCGAGCUUGGCAUCUUCGUUUUGCUCCCUGCAGAAUGGCAAUGAAAAUGUCGUCGUCGUCAGCUCUGCAGAACCAGAAACCAUAAGUGGUGGUGGAGGAAUCUCAUACUCUGCUCUUUGCCUCUUUCGACCGGCUUUAGCAUCCCCAAUACCUAUCUAUCUUAAAUGAAUCAAGUGACUGGCGGGCGCACAUUUACAUUAUAUAGAACCCGUCGCGUUUCCUUUUCGGUUUUCACAUCCAGUGUCCUCUCUAUAACAUAUUUUUAUCGGCAUUCAACGUUCCAAAAAAAUUGUCCCCUUGAAUUGUUGUCAGGACAAUACGAUCGUAAUUGCCGAUAGAUACUUCAAAGGAAAUUUGCAAUGUAUAGAAUCGGACAAAAGAAGGAAUGGAAAAUCGAACUCAGCUAGCUAUUAUAUUAAUUUUGUG